UCAAAUGCACGUAACCUUUCUCCUCCAGGUCUAUGAUAUAACUUUAGGCCCUAUAACUUUGACAAAAUCUGAAGUGCUCUCAGAAUGGUACACAUACAAAAUUACUGACAUGCCUGAAUUAUUUUUAAAAGAUUUUUGCGGGAUAGAAGCGGUAGCGCUCAUUUCGUUAGCAUGCUAGGACAAAGCUGAAAAAGUUCAGCUCGAGGUCAUGCUGAAUCUUACAUGGGGCACUGUGAUUAUAGUACUACCAUGGCUUGCGUGGGAUCUGGUCUUAGGUCCCGCUUUCGUGGCUGUCUGCUGGGUUCAUUAGCUGGUGACUGCCUAGGGAGUCCCUAUGAGGGUGGCAUCCUAGUCGCCAAGGGCAUCACCCUCAUGGAAGAGGUUGUAGACUUCAUUCGGGGUCUAGACAGCAAACGUGAAGCCCGCAAACUUUAUUUCACCGAUGACACAGCAAUGACCCGCUCUGUGGCAGCAUCUCUCAUCCACUGUAAAGGCAAAUACAGUGCCAGAGAUAUGGCACAAAGAUUUUCAGAGGAAUUCGCCAAAGAUUCUGGCCGAGGGUAUGGCGCCAAUGUUGUGUCUAUCCUUCCUGCUCUUGGAGAUGCAAGCACAGAGGACAUCUAUGCACCAGCGAGGACACAGUUUGAUGGCAGAGGCUCUUACGGUAAUGGCGGUGCCAUGAGAAUAUCACCUGUGGGUCUGUGCUCCAGCAAAAACUUAGAAAGGGUGAUUGAGAUAGCCCGAGAGAGCUCCAAACUCACCCACUCCAAUCAGCUGGGCUACUGCGGUGCUGUCUUGCAAGCCUGUGCCAUCCACUCGGCCCUGCACUCGGACCCAGCCACGCUGGACACAGGCACAUUCGUGGAUGGGCUGUCCCGGGUCAUGGAUAGAGUGGAAGAAGGAGGGCAAGACGGAAUAUACGCCGGCAGGCUGAGGUUACUGAAGACCAUGCUGAAGGCUGACCCCAGCACAGAGGACGUGGCCAAAAAAUUGGGCAAUGACAUAGCUGCCCACAAGUCCGUGCCUGCGGCUAUCUAUUCUGUCCUCAGGUGCCUGCAACCUGUCCCCGGCAUACCUACCGACAACCGGCUGGAGAGGACCGUGAUCUAUGCCAUCUCCCUGGAUGGUGACACGGACACUAUUGCCUCCAUGGCGGGGGCCAUCGCGGGGGCACUAUAUGGCAGCGAGGAGGUGCCCAAGGUGUGGCUGGACGUCUGCGAGGGAGUGGAUCACGCCCUGAGCCAGGCUGACCAGCUUUUUGACAUUAUGGUGGGAGAAGGUGGGGUAGGUGAAUAGAAGUAAAAUUCUAUUGAAAUUGGAGGAUUUGGGACUGUUAGGGCUAUUCCUAACAGUCCCUAAUCCUCCAAUUUCAGUCUGAUUUUACUUACACCCAAGGGGGGUUAUGGCUAAAGAAGCGGUUUAGAAAGCCUUCUCUGAUCUGUAUUCCAACGGGAAAACAAGAUUGUGGGGACUUUGGUUGUAAGCUGCAAUGUUUAGGGUCCCUACAAUAAGUAUCUUACAACAAGGGUCUAGUUCCCAGAACUACUUAACUAGAUUGUAUGGACUCUUACAUAUCCUCGGCAUAACACAUUCUGCUCAUUUCUCAAGGCUACGGUUUCUGUUUGGCUUCAGCUUCAACAUUUGCUUUUUUGGUUAUUUGCUUUUAAGUGCUUUUUACGACCAGAAGGUGUUGAUUAAUUUUGCAGAUGUGUUAUCUUGGGCAUACAGUAUGCUGUUUGUCAGCGGCAGAAAUUGUCCAAAAUUUGUAACACUGCCUAUUACAUUUCCCCUCCAUGUGGAGUCUGUUUGCAACUGUGAGCUUGUAAAUUUGCCGAAAAAUCCUGCAAACAGUGUAACUGCAAUGAACUAAAUACAUUCAGAGUCUUUGGUUAAUUGAAUUUUAUUCAUCAGUUUAACAGAAAUUUUAAACAUUUUUGAUGGUUUUUCUCGGGAGCAGGAAUAUGAGCAAAAAGUUCACCUUUCACUCUCUACCCAGUAUCAUCAGUCGAUAGUUAACUGGACAUUGCAAUCUCAAAUGUGCUUGAUGAAAUGGGCCACUUUUAUCCAGUAGUCUUGUACAUGAUAAAAGAAGUGCUGCUGAAAAGCUUCCCCUUCUUUGAUGAAAUGUUUCAACAGUUUUUGGUUUUGUUCCCUCAGCUUGCAAAUUUUAUACGCAUUCUCAGGUCCAACUACUGCAAAGUAGACCAUCUCUCCUCCUUUCUCCUUUGACAAAUUCUCUAAUCUGAUUUUAGACUUACAAGAAAUGUAUCACUGCCAAAAAAAAUAAAAAAAUCAGCCUCCGAGCUUCCAAAGUGUAGUGGGAUUACAAGAUGUGCUGCAGAUAUGCAGCUUUUUUAAUGAUCCAGCGUUGUGGACAUCUCACAGUGAAGGUAAAACUUAAUUACACAUAAAGAUAUCACGACUUGUUAAAGAAAAUAUACUGAAUUUACCACAGCCUUUUGAAAAUUAAAUAUGAUACAGGAUUAGUAUAAAUUUCCAAAUAAAGAAAAGUAUGACUUUCUUUA